GAGAUUGGGAUGAACUGGGAACCCAGGAUCUGUUCGCUGGGUCCCUAGAGCCAGACGGUCCCUUUACUUGACUGACCCACGACCAUGAGUGAAGAGAAAGAGGACUCGUUCAGGGUACUCAGGAUUUAUGAUGAAACAGAGGAGAUAAAGAAGAUGCCGGAAAGCUCAGGUGUUUCUUCUCGUCAUGGGCAACAAGAACAACACCAAAUGGACAGUGCGCAGGGAACGCCCCAGCUGCCCCCAUGUCCCUCGGUGCACCAUGGCCCUGUUUACCAGGAAGUGCACAGUAUGACCCAGCAGUGGUGGGGUCCCCAGGCCCAGGACACAUCUGGGCUCCAGCCCAUGUGGCUUUCAGAGGCGGAAACAGAAGGAGGCACCAGCUCAAGCUUUCAACCAGGAGCUAUGACUGGCCAGUUCUGUUCUUCAUCCUCUCUCAACAGAGAAGUCUGGUCGUUCCUCAAAACCAUUCCUCCGAUCCCAGAUGAGGCAGUAGUCACGAGGAAGUCCCCACGUGGGUCCUGGAGGGUUGGCAGUCUCCGCCAUGGGAAGCGAGUGAAUGCUAUUGCCAUCAGCAGUGCUCCACACCAUGUGUACACGUGUGGCACUGGCUACAUCAGGGUGUGGGAUGCAGAUGCAUUGCACGCCUCAGACAGAGCACCUCAGGCCCAGCUGGACUUUCAGGACCCUCGGAAUCGUGUCCUUACCUGCAAGCUGUUCCCCGAUGAGCAGAGUCUGAUCACAGGGGGAAUGGCCCGGGCUCUGACUCUUUGGGACCUGGCUCCCACACCCCAAAUCAGGGCCCAGAUGGCCUCCACAGGCCCCAUGUGCUAUUCCUUGGCCCUCUCUUCCGAUGCCCACAUCUGCUUGGCUUCUUUCAAAGGAUUCGUGGAAAUUUGGGAUGUGCAGAACCAAAUCUUGAUCAGGAAACAUGAAGUUCCUCCCUAUGGGUCCCGCUGCGUGGACAUCACGGGUUUUAAGUUCUGGACAGGUGGUGAAGACACCACCCUGUAUUCGUGGGACAUGAGGAGCUACCAGAAGCUGCAACAGCACAACUUAUGCCAUGAGAUCCUUAGCAUUACCCACGACCCCAGUGAGGAAUGGGUGCUAGCGGGCUUGAAAAUGAGUGACAUUGUCAUCCUACACGCUCACCGGGAGGAGAAGUAUAGAGCCAUUGUCCAAAGAUAUACACAACACCACAACCUCAAGUUCGCCUCUUGUGGGACCCAUUUUGUGGCCACGCUGGAUGAUAUGAUCCACUGUUUAGCGGCACCUUCUCUACGAAGGUUGUUCCAGACGGAGGAGUGUUAUGACAUUCUAUGCUGUGACUUGUCUGCUGAUAGUCAGUAUCUGGUCACUGGUUCCAAGGAAAAUGCCACAGUAUACCAGCUCUUGUAUUGAAGGCUGUGGGCCAUGGUCUUGCCAGUGAAGAACCAAAGAGAUCAGACCAUGUGACCUCACAGUACUAGUCAUCUCCAACACCUGUCUCCCUCUACUUCAGCCUUUGCGGUUGGCUGGCUGUAAUCCCAGGCUUUGAGUAUAUGGCUUGGGGACUUUUCGGUUUUUUUUUUUUCAUCCCCACUCAUUGAUAUCUGUGUUUGGCAGGUAACUUUAUGAGAUAUGACUUUGUAAUUAAUAAAAAUAGAG